GACCCUUCACCCAUUCUAUCACGCAGAGAGAGAGACAGAGAGGGAGAGAGAGCACUUUCAUAGAAAAAGAUCAAACAAAGUUAGACUCAUAAUGGUGGGGCAGCGGACGGUGACUAAACCAAGCCGCAGCGACGAGGUGUUGGAUGCAGAUGAACAACUGAGAAUUGCCGACAAGAUCAGAGCUCAGUUCGAGACCCUGGCCCCCAAGCGACCCGUCAAGCCCAACAGAAGCGAGUCUGACUCGUCAACAUCAACCCCAGUGGAGUCUACAACCGUAGACGAAACUAUUCCUGAGCUUGACAAGUUCCGAGCCCUUCGAUCUCAAUCUCAUGUUAUAGUACCGGCAGAGGGAGUUAUCGAGGUGCAAGAUGAGUUUGUGGAGACCCAUUACUACAGCGAGCUACAGUCCGUUGACAAACAGCAUCACACGACUGGAAGUGGGUUUAUAAGGGUGGCGGGGGAAGGAGGUGAAGGUGGAUCUGAUGACAUUCGGUUGCAGAAAGGCCAUGAUGGCGCAGGUGGGAUGGCGGCGUACACUAGCUUCAGAAGCAAUCCUGCGACAAACGAUUGGGUUCCAAACGUCGAUGAAGAUCAGGUCUUUGUCUCCUCAAAGCCAAAUCGGAGCGAGAGUUCUUAGAUAUGCCGGCGGCGGCGGGGCAGUGGAGACUUUGAGAAGGGCUUGUACCAACUUUUACUUUUACUGUUCGGUGUUACUGGAUAAAGCUCAGAUAAGGAUGUGUUUGGUGACAGCUUAAAAAAUCCGCAUAUUGGCUUACUGGCUUUUGAAUAACGCAACCAACAACUUCUACAUUGUUCUUA